AAAAUACCAGGACCUGGUCAGUCGCUGCCUGCUUGGGCCCGUUCAUUGCCCAUAACAUUGGCCACAUUCCAUGGGGCGGCAGGCACACUGCAGCCCUGGGGAAGGUUGUGGUGCCUGCCACCUCAUAGCCACCUUUGCUGGAUGUGAAACAAUACUUCCUGUGCCAGGAGUCACUGAGUGGUCAGGCCAUGGGCCGUCCUUUGGUCACCUUCGUGGGCCUCAGUGUCCCUGCUUUUGUUUGUUAUUCCCAUAUAGAUGUCAAAGUGCCUGACUUCUCUGAUUACUGUCACACUGAAGUUUUAGAUAGUGCAAAAUCUUCAAAAGAGAGCAGCAAGGCUAGAAAAUGUUUCUCCUAUUUGGUAACUGCAAUAACUACUGUGGGUGUGGCAUAUGUUACCAAGGAUGUUGUCUCCCAGUUUGUUUCUAGCAUGGGUGCUUCUGCUGAUGUGUUGGCCAUGUCAAAAAUUGAAAUCAAGUUAUCUGAUAUUCCAUAAGUCAAGAACAUGGCUUUCAAAUGGAGAGGCAAACUUCUGUUUGUGUGCCAUAGAACCAAGAAAGAAACUGACCAGGAAGCUGCAGUUGCAGUGUUUCAGUUGAGGGACCCACAGAAUGAUUUUGAACAAGUAAAGGAACCUGAAUGGGUUAUCUUGAUAGGUGUCUGUACUCAUCUUGGUUGUAUAUACUCAUUGCAAAUGCUGGAGUUUGGUGAUUAUUACUGCCUACAUGGAUCACACCAUGAUGCAUCUGGCAGCAUCAGGAAGGGGUCUAUACCUCUUAACCUUGAAGUUCCCUUAUGUGAGUUCACCAGUGAUGACUUAGUGAUUGUUGGUUGGAGACUUGGACUCAGGUCAGGCUUCUUUCAGUCUCUGUCACCUGAGAAGAAUUAUGUGAGAGCAAGUCUUCUAUACUUCCAGUUGGUUGAUGUGAAAUAUUUAAGAAUUGAUUGUAAUGUAGUUGCAGAUUUUAAUGUGAAGUAA